AUGCUAGGAGCUCAGCAAGUUCAGCAGCAAUUAGAUCGUAUGCAAGAACUUAGAGAUAGGGCUAAAUUCUUUAUUAACAGAAAAGAGUGGAAUUUGGCUUCAAAGUACUUAGAAAUAGUGUUAUCUCGUCCACAAGAUGCAGAAGAUCAGUGGAUGCCGGAUCCUGGAGCGCUUCUUAUACGGAGCCAGGUUCGCCUACAUCUGGCAAACUACAAGAAUGCCCUAGAGGAUGCUAGGCUGGCUAAUCUCUGCCUUGAUAGGCUGGAUAUUAGACAGAGUAGAGCUUUAAAGCUGAUGGCUGAGGCACAAUUCCAUCUUGGAAAUUAUGAACACUCUCUCCUUUACUUCUACAGAAGCGAACGUGUUUUAAAAAAGGGAACUGAGGAAGGGAAAAUUGGAAUUCAGAGAUGUUUAGAAGCAAUAAAUUCUCUUCUAGAUGAAACAUUCCAAAAAGAUUUACAGGGCGAGUUACCGAAGAUUAGGGUUACUAAUAGUGAGGAAACUUCUUCAUUUUCUGAUGGAUCGGAAAAAAAAUUCCUAGUUUCAAAAUCUUAUAGAAGAACAAAUCGUUCAGUGGGUACAGGUCCCUGCUCGAAACUUUCGAACUCUUCGUUCUCUAUAAGUCAGAACCGUCCUAUUCGUGUGUGUGGUAGGUUUUACUCACUUCUUCCGUCUCAACCUUUCACAACAGAUAUUCAGUGCUUUCAGAAGUUACUGAACACAUUGGACAAGAAUAAGGGAAGAAGAGGACAGGAAAGGAAACUGCGAAGAUAUACAGUUAAUGCAAUCCAAUAUAUUCAAAAUACAUGUACAAAAUAAUCAAGAAAAGGAUUUUUUUAAAUCAAAUAAUAAAUAAAUAGAACUUCUGCUAUGAUGAAUGUUGCAUUUUCAUCUAUUGCAUUUAUUUAGUAUAUAGUCUAUUUAGUGUUGCUAAUCUUUUUGGUUUGUUUUUGCUUUCUUUCUUUGCAUAUAUUUUCUCAAGGGUUAAAAAUUUGGCAUAGUUUAAAACAAGAAUAACUUGCGUAUUCUAUUAAUUUAGUUUGCUCUAGCUAAGCUAUGUCAAAGGAACUGAGUCUUUGCCACAAAAUCUGUUUUUCUAAUUCCUAUAUCUUUGUAUCC